GGUUACUAUUUGUCAUUUGAGAGAGACCUGGAUCACAACAGGGCCUCUUUAUCAAACCGCCAUCUGCUCGGCAUCACGUACUCCACGCACAGAACUCUGUGGAUCACGCUAGUUAACUUCGCCCACCUGUAACUAGAAUUUAUCGUCAUGGAGGCUUUUCUGGGAGAUUGGGUGUCCAUCAGGGAUGAAGUUGACUGGACACCGUUCAUGAAGGCAUCAGGUAUGGAUGAUGAGAAGAUUGAGUUUUAUAAUAAGCUCGACAAAGAGCAUGACACGAUAAUGACCUUUGCUAAGGAGGGAGACGGUUACAUCUUCAAAUCUGAAAGCGGCCCAGUUAAAUAUUCACUUAACUUUCAACUGGGCAAGCCUUAUGAAAUGACCUUCGAUGAAAUGAACAUCACGGGCAUUUUUAAACUUGAGAACGGAGCUCUGAUAGACGAGUCAAAGAUUUCAGGCAAUAACGCGACCGUAACCUCAAGAACAAUUAGCGGCGACACGAUGGUAGCUGAUUCAACGACCGGAGGUAUCACACUUAGCAGAUCAUACAAAAAGAAGUAAUCGCCCUCCACAUUUUCAAUUAUGACGGAAACUAGGAAUUAUUGGGAAAUAUAUCUUCUAAAAGGCCUUUUAAUAUUUGAAUCAUAAAUUUGAAAAAUACAUUGAUUUGGAUAGACGCAGUUCCUCUCUCCUUAAAGGCUUUUUCUGAACCGCCCUUGCCUCUCAAACGUCGGCUGAACCAGGGGGACUAGAUUUAUUAAGACACAAAACAAGACGCCGGGCUGCAGAAUUCUAGAAGCACCUCGCCUGGGUAGAAGAGGAUUGGCUGAGCAAUGUUUACAAAGUUAGCUUUUUUUGCUGUAAUCCUAUAUGCAAAUAACGGGCAUUGAGCGUUAAUGCUACACCAUAAACAGUAUUUCACUUUCUGUACCACAAUUAACUUCACCUGUGAUAUGCUUGAAAGAAGUAUUUUAUAAAGGACAAUUAUAAGCAGAGCCUAUAAAUUCAGCUUUUUUUUCCCUGUUAUCCUAUAUGCAAAUAAUGGGCAUUUCUCAAAGCGUAUUUGCUGCACCAUAAACAGUAUUUCACUUUCUGUGCCACAAUUAACUUCACCUGCGAUAUGCUAUAUAGAAGUAUUUUAUCAUGGACAAUAAAUGAUGUAAACAACGUCGAAAACUCACUGCAUAGCGAUUUGCAAUUCGAAACUUUGGUAUUUGCAGAUAAUUCAUGCGAAUUACGUAGAAAACUGAAUAAAUCUCAAAUAUUGGAA